AUGGCUGUGGUUGGCGUUCCCAAGAACAUUGCUGUGCUCUCCAUCCCCGAGACCGGCUCCGUGCGUCUCUUUGGCAAGUGGGAGACGCAGGACAUUGAGGUCAAGGACAUCUCGCUCACCGAUUACAUCUCCCUCCGCAAUGCGGUCUACACCCCGCACACUGCGGGCCGCUACGCGCACAAGUCGUUCCGCAAGGCGCAAAUGCCCAUUGUCGAGCGGUUGGUCAACUCGCUCAUGUUCCACGGCCGCAACAACGGCAAGAAGCUCAUGGCCGUCCGCAUCGUUGCGCACGCUUUCGAGAUUGUGCACCUCCUCACCGAUGCCAACCCCAUCCAGGUUCUCGUGGACGCAAUCAUCAACACGGGCCCCCGUGAGGACUCCACGCGUAUCGGCUCCCAAGGCACUGUCCGUCGCCAGGCCGUCGAUGUCUCGCCGCUCCGCCGUGUGAACCAGGCUAUUUACCUCCUUGCCACCGGCACGCGCGAGUCUGCCUUCCGCAACGUCAAGACGGUCGCCGAGUGCCUCGCUGAUGAGCUCAUCAACGCGGCCAAGGGCUCAUCGAACUCGUUUGCCAUCAAGAAGAAGGACGAGUUGGAGCGUGUGGCCAAGUCGAACCGCUAA